UGCCACUUGAGCAAACGCCGCCAGGAGGUGCAGUGAGCUAACACGUCCGAACUGGAACAGAACAACUACUUGACAAGAGCCACAACCACAAGAUAAGGUCGGCGUGUGUGGUAAUAUUUCGACUUGAGUCUAGCCACACCAAAGUGCAACUAUUUUCCUCUCAAGUUAGUUGAAGACCACAGCUUGCAAACAUCAUGUUCAGCUUCAUGAAAUCGGACAAAAGCAAGACCACCGAGGUCUAUGAGACGGUGGUCGAAGGCCUCAAGCAGAUAUACAAACAGAAACUUCUUCCUCUGGAGCAGUACUAUCAGUUUCAUGAUUUUCACUCUCCUAAACUGGAGGACCCUGAUUUCGACGCCAAACCGAUGAUCCUCUUGGUUGGACAGUACUCGACAGGCAAAACCACCUUCAUCAAGUAUUUGCUCGAAAAGGACUUUCCUGGCAUCAGAAUCGGUCCAGAGCCAACAACAGACAGCUUCAUUGCUGUCAUGCACGGUGAAGUGUCUGGCGUGAUUCCUGGAAACGCCCUUGUUGUCGAUCCUAAGAAGCAGUUCCGUCCUUUGAGCAAGUUCGGCAACGCUUUCCUCAAUAGAUUCCAGUGCUCUCAAUUGGACAGCCCUGUUUUAAGAGGCAUUUCGAUUGUCGACACACCCGGCAUUCUCUCUGGAGAAAAACAAAGAACAGACAGAGGCUACGAUUUCACUGGAGUGUUGGAGUGGUUUGCGGAAAGGGUAGACAGAAUAGUUUUACUCUUUGAUGCCCACAAGCUAGACAUUUCCGACGAAUUCCGCCGCAGCAUAGAAGCUCUCAGAGGCCAUGAUGACAAAAUCAGAAUCGUUCUCAACAAAGCUGACAUGGUGGACCACCAGCAGCUCAUGCGGGUGUACGGCGCGCUCAUGUGGAGUCUGGGCAAAGUGCUCAACACACCUGAGGUCGCCAGGGUGUAUAUAGGCUCUUACUGGGACGAACCUCUCCGCUUCGAUGUCAAUAGGAGGCUUUUUGAAGACGAAGAGCAGGAUUUGUUUAAGGACCUGCAAUCGCUUCCCAAGAACGCAGCGCUGCGCAAGCUCAACGAUCUAAUUAAAAGAGCUCGUCUUGCUAAAGUCCACGCCUACAUUAUUUCCACACUGAAAAACGACAUGCCAAGUGUGUUUGGUAAAGAUGGCAAGAAAAAGGAGCUCAUUAAAAAUCUGGGCAGCGUUUACGAACAGAUCCAGAGACAGCACAAUAUCUCCAUGGGAGAUUUCCCGGAGCUGAAAAAAAUGCAGGAUCUUCUUCAAAACCAGGACUUCACCAAGUUCCAUUCACUGAGGCCAGCUUUGUUAGAGACUGUUGACAAAAUGCUGGCACAAGAUAUUGCGCCAUUGAUGAGCCUAAUUACCAAAGAAGAAGCUGAAAACCCUAUUGAGCCAGUUCUUAAAGGUGGUGCCUUUGUUAAUGUAGAUGACAAAGAAAGUCCCUUUGGCUACAAAAAGGGGGAGGGCAUCGAUGAAGGCGCUGGAGAUCAUGAAUGGGUUGUUGCCAAACUUCGGUACAAGACUGACACAACCUUUGACAGCCUGGGACCUGUCGACGGAAAGAUUACGGGUGCCGCGGCCAAAUCGGAGAUGAUCAAGUCAAAACUGCCAAACACAGUGUUAGGAAAGGUCUGGAAGUUGGCUGACGUUGACAAGGACGGUAUGAUGGAUGCAGAUGAGUUCGCUCUGGCAAUGCACUUGAUCAACGUCAAACUUGAUGGCCAUGAUUUGCCGUCAGAACUGCCAACGCACUUGGUACCACCCAGCAAAAGAGAAUAUUGAAGCUCUUAAACCUCUAAGAAAAAGGGGAAAAGCAUUUUUCUGCCUCAUCACAAUGUGGGAAUUUUCAAAAUAUAAAUUUUGGACUGGACAGUUUUCUAAAAUUGAGUUGAGUACAGAUACUGAUAAAGUUAACCAUGUUCGUGUUUUAAAAAUUUUUGCAUCCUGUGAUAUUUGGAACUAACUACACAAUACUUUCACUCGCAAUCAUAAAAGUGGGAUUGCUCCUUAAUUUUCAUUAACUUUCGUAUCAGUGAUUGUCCAUUUAAAACCCACUGAUUGUUAACCCAGUUCGUUUUCGCAGAUCAUGUCAUGAGUUUCAUAGUCAGUUCAAUAUUUUAUAAGCCUUUUUUAAGUUUCACAAAUACCCUUGAUUGAAUGGCACAUAAAUAUUAGCUGGUAAACAGAGCUCUUUUAUUUUUGGGCUUCCGUAUGGCUUAUGUAUCCUCCAAAAUAUGCAACUGAGCGAUACCUUAUUUAAAAACUUGUAAAAAAACGCGUAAGUGCGAUUUAGUGAUGGCUUUCACACUGCUGAAAUAAUUGUAAUUAUGUGUAUGAAAUAAAACUAUAUGUUUGCUAUUUAA